AUGAUAGACCGAUCAUCAUCGUCAUCGCGAUUUGUCAUGCAGUCGAACGGCGGAGGCGCAACAGCAGCAGCCACUCGCUUAUCGAUGACCAAGAUCGACCUGCUCGAGGCAACCGUCGAGCAAUUACACCAAUGUCUCGAUCGUGGCGACAUCACUGCAGUCCAGCUAUGCAAGGCCUAUCUCGCCAGGAUCGAGGAGACGAGGCACCUCAAUGCAGUCAUCGAUGUGCCGACAGAGGCUGCUCUCAAGGAGGCUGAAGAAUCUGAUGCACGUCGAAAAGCUGGCAAGUCGCUCGGCAUUCUCGACGGUAUCCCGGUACUUGUAAAGGACAACAUCGCGCUCAGACCGACCAAAGGUGUUCAAACGACCGCGGGAUCCUUAGCCCUCGAAGGAGGUAUCACUUCGGCCGAUGCGACCAUUGUGGCCAAGCUACGGUCGGCAGGGGCUAUCAUGCUUGCCACUGCCAAUCUCACCGAGUGGGCCAACGGAAGGGGUGAAAAGAUGCCCAAUGGCUGGAGCGCCCGAGGCGGACAGUGUACUUCGCCCUACCAUGAGAGAGGCGAUGUCUGCGGCUCAAGCUCUGGUAGUGGUGUUGGUAUGGCUAUUGGCCUUGCAGCUCUAGCUCUGGGAUCAGAGACUUGCGGAUCAAUCUGUAUGCCCGCUGGAAGGUGCAACGUCGUUGGCAUCAAGCCGACCGUCGGACUGACAAGCCGCUAUGGCUGCAUUCCUAUCCUGGCCUCUUGUGACUCGCCGGGUCCGAUGACACGCACAGUGCGUGAUUCGGCCAUCCUCUUGCAAGCAAUCGUUGGCAAAGAUGAUGAUGACAAGCAUUCGCUUGACCAGCCCGACACGCCGCCUGAUUAUCUCAAGGCGCUGACGGCGGAUGGCCUCAGUGGCGCUCGUAUUGGCGUCUUGCGCAGUGUUUACACCGACGCAUCCGCCGACAAUGACUUUCCGCAGUCUAUGAUUGAUAUGUAUAACGAGCAAAUUGCGUCUGUCUUCCCUAAACUGGGUGCCACCCUGGUCGAUCCGGCCGAGCUUAUCUGCAGCGAAAGCAAGAAAGACCUCGAAGUUCUCGAAGACGCUCUCUUUGCACUUUCACCCGCAGAGAUGUGCAAUGGCAUAAACUCCUUUAUCGACUUCCUAGCCACUCGGCCGCCCGGUAUCAAUACCCUGCGCGACAUUGUGUCCUUCAACAGCUCACAUGCGAGCGAAGAAUUGCCAGCCUGUCGAGCGAGCCAGGCACACUUCAUCAAAGCUGUGGAGAAUGCUCAAGAAAUGGACGAUCCUGCUUACCUGACGCAAUUGGCAUCGAAUUACGAGAUAGCGCGGCUGAAGGGUAUCGAUGCGACGCUCAAGAAAUACAAUCUUGACGCAUUGAUUGCGCCAAGCGACUCUUGCAUCCGUGUAUUGCCUGGCUUAGCGGGCUAUCCUUUGAUCAGCAUUCCCUGCGGCUUCAUGUCCGAGGAUACAAGACCUUUGGAGCAGACCGACGAGGAGAGGGAGCAUGGCUUACCCAUAUAUCCUGGGCCGGGGGUCCCUUUUGGGAUCACGUUUGUCGGGACGGCUUAUAGCGAGGCUAAGCUGUUGAAAUAUGGUUACGCUUAUGAGCAAGCGACUCAAAUUCGGACAAAGCAAGCACCCAUGAGGUCGGCGACUCCCAAGACGCAGCUUGCAGACGUGAACGUCUAG